CCAACUCCAGAGCAAACAUUCCAGAGUCCUGCCAGGAGCCAGGGGCUGCUCAAAAGCUAACCCUGCUUCCUCUUCCUUGAAUCCUCACCUCUAGGAGAUCCCAGUCAUCUCCUCUCUUUAUAAAUGGAACAGAAGCCCAGAUGAUAUGGAACAACUUCUCUAGCGGUGCACAAAGCUGGAAAAUGCCCAAGCAAAGCCUAAGCCAGCCACUGCCCCCUUUUGAAGGUGAAGACAGUGCAAUCUGUAACAGGCACUCUGCCAGAAACAGAGGCAAAUAGAAGCCAAAGGAAGAGUGACGACCACCCAUCUGCAGGAACAGUUCACCCGAGGCCCAGGACACCCGGAGGACUUGGGCAUGGGGCUGCCGCCCUGCAUCCUCCUCCCAGGGCUGCUGCUGCUUCUGGGGCAAGGGACUACGGAGGUCCAUGCCUCUCCUGAAGAGAACACAUCAGAAAAGGAGCAAUGGCCAAUGUUGGUGAUACUGAAGAGUUUGCCAUUCUCAUGCAACCCAAAGAACUUAGGCUCCAACGGCACUUCUGCAUCAGUCCACUCCCUGAGGCCUUCUGAUAUUAAAAUUGUGGCGUCCAUCGGCAAUGUGGAAACUUUUCAAAACUCAGGAGAAAUCAGUGAUGUAGAGAAGCAAAACAGGACUGGAAAGAGGGUGUGCAUAGGGAUGGUGACAGUCCUUUCAGAUAUCAUCCGCCACUUCAACCCCAGUGUUCUGAGACCCACAUGCACCCCUGGGAAGGAGAUGGCACCCCGCAGAGGGGCUGAGGGAUUGUUGGCUCAGGCGGAGGAGCUGGUGAGGAGCAUGAAAGAGAACCAGCAACUUGACUUCCAGAAUGACUGGAAGCUCAUCAACGUGUUCUUCAGCAACUCGAGCCAUUGCCACCUGUGUCUGUUCCCCCAGCAGCAAAGGUUCGUGCAGGAUGCCAUGAUCAAGCUCUCCGAAACCCUGGACUACUUGCACCAGAAGAUCCCCAGAGCCUAUGUGAACCUGGUGGAUCUCUCCAUGUUCCUGGAGUCCUCUUCCUGGCUGGAGGACACUAUGCCCACCCAAGAGACAGAGACCUGCAAGUGCCAAAUCCAGAGCACCACGCUGUAUGAGGCUGUGACACAGUGGUCCUAUCAGGAAACCUGGGAACGAAUCCUGUUCUCCAGCAAGUACAACCAGCAGGAGUCCUUUGCCUUGACUUACCAGCCCUUCUUCAUCAAAACAAGCCUAUCUCCUCCAUCAAAGGAACCUCUUCUGUGGGAUCCCACUGUAAUGGCCUUGCAUCUCUGGAACAGCAUGAUGGAGCCAGCAGGACGUAAGGAGAAGCCACUCAGUGCAGUGGAGAGGACCUCCAUCAGCUGUCCCCCUCAGGAGAGUCCCUACCUAUUUACCUUCCAGAACAGCAACUCCCAGCCCCAUUGGCAGACAUUUCCUGAAAUGCUUAAGCAAGUGCAAGGAGUACAACUCCAGUGUCCAGACAAGAACCCCUCCAGCACAGUUCCCACAUCAGUCCACAGGCUGAAGCCAGCUGACAUCAAGGUCAUCGCGGCCCUGGGCGACUCUCUCACGGCAGCAAAUGGGGCUGGAGCUGGACAGAGAAACCCCUUGGAUAUCUUGGUUGAGUUUCGAGGCCUGUCAUGGAGUAUUGGUGGAGAUGAGAACCUAAGAACCCUGGUCACCCUGCCAAACAUCCUCCGGGAAUUCAACGCCAAGCUGAUAGGCUACUCUACGGGCACCGGGGACCAAAACAGUGCUGGGGCCCGCCUAAACCGGGCUGUGUCAGGAGCCAAAUCUGGGGAUGUGACAACCCAGGCCAAGGAGCUGGUGCAAAUGUUGAAAAAUGACAAGACCAUAAAUUUUGAAGAAGAUUGGAAGUUAGUGACUCUGUUUACGGGAGGCAACGACCUCUGUAAUUACUGUGAAGACCCGCUUACCUAUGGACCAGAAAAUGUUAUCUACAAUGUGCAGACUGUUUUGGACAUCUUGCAUGCACAGGUUCCCCGGCUGUUUGUGAACCUGGUCUCAACACUGGAGAUCCUCAGCCUGAAGGAGCUCCACAGUAACUCUGGAGCUGGCUGCUCAAGUGGAAUCCUCAGGCAAGUGUGUCCCUGUCUCUUCAAGGCUCAGGAUGGUUCCCGAGAACUUGCCUCCCUCUCAGAUGCAAACAGAAGGUAUCAGAAGCUGUUGCGUGACCUGGUGAACAGUGGGCGGUACGACACCAGUGAUGACUUUACCGUGGUCCUGCAGACCUUCUUUGAAAGAGUGCGCUUGCCGAGGAUGCCGGAGGGCUUGCCUGAUAUCUCCUUCUUCACCCCCGACUGUUUCCACUUCAGCAGAAAGGCCCACGCCCAUUCAGCCAGUGCCCUCUGGAACAACAUGCUGGAACCUUUUGGCCAGAAGACUGCAUAUCAUGAUUUUCAAGGCAGUAUCACUCUGGCAUGCCCAAGAAAGGACCGUCCAUUUCUGAGCACCUACAAAAACAGUGUGGAGCCUAAUGGGAGCAUUCUGCAGUGCAAUGACACAGCCCCUUCUUCUACUAAGCCUAAGUCAGUACACUCACUGAAACCUGGAGACAUCAACGUUGUGGCUGCUCUGGGAGAUUCUCUGACUGUUGGCAGUGGACUUGACACUGGACCAGGCAACCUUCUUGGUAUGGCCACACAGUUUCGGGGACUGUCCUUUAGUGGUGGCGGGGAUAACAGCCUGGACAAUGUCACCACCUUACCAAACAUCCUCCGGAAGUUCAACAGCGGCCUCUUAGGAUUUUCAGUGUGCUUCGGAGAAGCCAGCAGUGAUAACGCAUUCCUCAACCAGGCUGUACCUGAAGCACAGGCUAAGGAUUUUUUGAGCCAAGCCCAAACUCUGGUGCAGAAGAUGACAACUGACAAUAGAAUAGAUCUCAAUGACCACUGGAAGGUCAUCACGGUGCUGAUUGGAAAUAGAGAUAUCUGUGAAUUCUGCAUGAAUCAGCAAGAGUACACCGCAGAAAAGUUCCUGGAACAUGUCCGCAGCGGCUUGGACUACCUGCAAGCACAGGUGCCCAGAGCCCUCAUCAACCUCGUGGACUUCAUGAACCCUGAUAUCAUGCGGCAGGUGUUCCUGGAGAACCCAAUGUGCCCGACACAACAGGCCAGCACUUUGUGUAACUGUGUUCUGACUCCAAAGAGGAACUCCCUCAGUUUAAUCGCAUUGGAGACUCUGACACGCAGCUACCAGAGUGGUCUGCGGGAGCUGGUGUACUCUGGCCGCUAUGACACUCGGGAUGACUUCACAGUGGUACUGCAGCCCUUCUUCCAAAACCUUAUACUUCCUGUUGGACAGGAUGGGCGGCCAGAUAUCUCCUACUUUGCUGCAGACUGCCUUCUCCCAAGUCAGAGAUUCCACUCACAGCUUGCGAGAGCCUUGUGGGACAAUAUGGUGAAUCCCCUGGAAAAGAAAGCACACUUCCUGAACCUGGGGAAAGAAGUGGCCCUCCCUUGUCCUAAUCAGAAUGUUCCCUUCCUGAGAACCAUCAAGAACAGCAACUACACAUACCCUGGCAAAUCAGUUGAGAAGUUUUGCACGAGAGCAGAGAAGGCACAGCAGCUCUCCAAGGCACAUGUGGCACCAGGCCUAGAACAGGAAGACUCAGACAUUCAAGCCCCUGCUCUUCCCGCUGAGUUUCUGCCUCAGCUAACUGGGGUAUCAAAUUCAAAUGCAAAGAAGUGAAGCCUUCCAAAUCUGUUCCCACUUCAG